CGAGCCUUGCCAAGAGGGUCCCCCGGACGAAUCCUCAGUCGCCUUCCAGUUCCUCCGCGGCUCCCGGGCCUGCUUGGUAAUUGCCGCCCUCCACAGCGCCCUGACCGAUGAACUACGUGCCGACGUGUCGAUUGCGCCCUCUUUAAACCUUUCUUCCCGACUCGUGUUUGCGCAGUUCAGCCUCCGAUCCUUCCGGCGAAAAGAUGCGUUUUCGGCAGAGCAUGGCGAGGCACUUUGGUGAUAGUCUCGGAAUGUCUUCUCCAAAGCCAUACCUCUCUUACCACGAUAUCCGCCUUGAUACCGAAGAUAUCAAAGCCUUGAAACAUGACUGGCUUACGGAUAGUGCCAUCGCGUUUUGGGAAGAAUGGCUCGAGCGAGAGGUUCUGCCCAAGUACCCCCAAGCCCGGAUUGUCCUCCUCCGGCCCGUCGUCUCGCAUCUCUUGAUGCAGACCACCGACCUGAAAGGUGACGCCUCAGCCCUGCCCGACUUCCGGAAGGUCACACACAUCUUCCUCCCGAUCAGCGACAGUCGGGACCGCUGGAACGCCGACAGCGGGAGUCACUGGUCCCUCCUGCUCGUGUCGGUGAUCGACCGGGUUGCGUUCCACUAUGACUCGCUAGGCGGGUCCAACUUCUCGGCCGCUAGGAGAGGGGCCGAGCGGUUGGGCAUGGUGCUCGGCAUUCCCCUGCGGUUUCACCAGCUGGAAGACACCCCGCAACAAGAAAACAGCAAGGACUGCGGCGUCUUUGUCUGCAUCCUGAUGAGGCACCUGCUCAUCAAGCGACUGCUGAACGCAAACUCCAACGAGAAAGUGUCCAUGUCAAUGGCGGGGAAGAUGAUCGACAGCCGUGGGGGGAGGAAAGAGAUGCUCCGGAUUGUCGAGUCACUACGGAAGGAGGGCGAGAGGCGGCGGAGCGCGAGCCCGUUUGCCGGCUCAUCGAAUGACCCGCCGCGCGUCGACUAGUGCGUUCGAAGACGGGGUGGUCACCAGGUCAUGCGACAUGUUUCCUAUUAUCGGGAAGGCUCGGCUCCUUUGUUGGUUAAACUUGAUAAUCUGGUUGGCAAGAGACGGAAGGAUAUAAAGAACUGGACGGUUGCCAGGGAUAUGAGGGUUUGUCAAAGGCUAUCAGCACGGCGUUUGUGUUGCAGGAGUUGGGGCGUUACCAGGAUAUGAGCAACACUCCGGGAUUGGCGGGCGUUGGUUCAAAACAAACAAACAA